AUGGUUUCGACUCGCAGCCACCCGCAAGACUUUGCUUCACAAACGUCCGAUGAAGUGGCUCCACAAACUCCCUCGAAACCAGCUCCGGCUUUGAUGACAAUGCAAAGCUCCACUCACCGAGGAGACAAUGAUCAAAGACCCUGGUCUCAUACACCAUCAGUUCUCACAUUGACUUGGCUCGCUGUGUCGCUGCCCUUGGUCAUCUGGGACACUCUCUAUGUCUUCCUUCGACCUCACUCCAUGCCUGGAGGCAAGUACCAGAAGCCUCUCUGGGUACCCUACGAGCUCUAUGGCCAGAUCGACCACAUCUAUGGCUGGCCUGCAUACAACUCGGGCAACGGCUUCACCGCUGCUCAGUCUACUGUGAACGUUGUCGAAUGUGCAGGUUAUUUUUACUAUCUCUACCUGGUUUAUGCCUACGGCAGGACUGAGGCAACCGUCCAAGGUACUGGUGCUCCUGACAAGAAACACGUCGGAAAACCUGGACAGAGUCGAACGGUAUAUGGAAAGACUGCUGCACAAGCCGUCCUUCUUCUAUACGGUGUUGCUCUUAUGACACUGAGCAAGACUGUGCUUUACUGGCUCAACGAGGCCUUCUCUGGCUUCGGCAAUAUCGGUCACAACAGUGCCUCGGAUAUCUUCUUCCUUUGGGCUCUACCCAAUGGACUCUGGAUUAUCCUCCCCAUAUAUCUUGUCUACGUGUCCGCGAAAGAGAUUCUGGAAGGCCUGGAGGUUGCUGUGAGCAGUAACAAAAAGUCUCAGUGA